CUCACAGGCUGUUGCUUUUUAUUGUUUUGUGGCUCUAGUGGACUACAAGGUCUUGAGGGUGACCUUGUCUCGUCUGUAAAGACCAAAAUUGCGAACCCAGAACACCUAAGCACAAAGUAAAGGUCUAGUUUAGAAACUUCCAACUAGUUUUAGACUGUACAACAAGUUGCAUACUUACCACGAGUAUACAACAAUCGAUCCGCCUUUGUGCUUUGUGACUUGAAGACGAUCCACGUUUCGAUCUACAUUCAAUAGUUUGGUAGCCGAAUAAAACCACGACUUGACGUUUAAACAAAUUUUGCUUUCUGAGAAAAAAGUAGAGCCGCUUGAAAAGUAUUUUUGUGCAAGAGCUUUCGUUUCCCUUUCUGUAGUUCCCGGGAACGAGGGGAACUGCCGAAUAAUCAUUGUUACAUCGAAGACAAAAAUAUGAUGAUCGCAAAGGCGAUUUUGGUCUUGCAGGGCUGGUUGCUCAGCACCUGUCUGGCCGCCUCGCAGUACUACAUCGGAACGCCGACGAAAGCCAGCGCACCCAGCGGAUGGGUCGCAAAGCCCCACAACUGGAACUAUCGUUACGUUGUUUCCGUGACGGAGGACGGAAAGCUGGAGGAUGGCUUCCAAGUCUUGGAUUUGGGUGCCAGUUAUGGAAAGGCCUUGAGCCACCGCUUCUUUCUCUUGGGCCGGCUGAAGGCCCAGAAGUUCGACGCUGGCAGCUUCAAGCCCUUCGUCCAGGUCGGUUUGACCAAGACGGGCAGUGUGGUCACUGGGUUGACGAUUCCAGCCACGCAGGGUGGACAGGACACCGGGUUAGCACAAGAAGUGUUGGCCACUGUGGAAGCUGUCAACAUGCAAGCUGCCAGUGUGCAGGCGACAAAAAAUCUCGCCGAGUGGGUCUACAGCCACGAAAAGAAAAUUGGUCCCUUCACCGGAGGAGACAAGCCGCAAGACGUUGGAUUCGUCAUGGCCUCGUGGAAGCCCCGCAACAUGCAGUCCGCCCUGCUCUUAAAAUUUGUCACGGACGAUAAUACGAAGGAAGUAAAGAAGGACGCCGCGGAAAAGCCGAACGAACUCUGGCAAACGUACUCGUUACUUUUAUUUGAUGAUUUUCUCAAGAUCUGGUAUGUGAAUGUGAGCCAGCAGUUAAUAAAGACACUCGCCAGAAGAGCGCUGGCACAGACCCAUCCCCAUGUCUACCUCUAGCCGAAAAAAAGUAGAAGAAGCAAAUCCAUAAAUUUUUCAAAUAAAACAGGCUGGAGAGCGAGCAGAGCCAGCGCAACGUGGAUCCGAGCAAUGCGCCCAAGACCUUUUCGCAGACAGAGCAAGAUGUCGAAAACAAGCAGAACAACAUCUUCAAGAGCCACUUCCUCGCUGGUGCCACGGAGUGGCGCGGAAUUGAGGGGGAUUCCGACUCGAAGUUUCAGUUUGUCAAGGGGCGGUUCUCUACCUCUGUCCUGACACUUUCCAUCCCCGACGACGUUUGGGCCGAACUAACCGGGAACAUGAUUAACACCCCGGACCUUGAAAUCACAAACUUCCUCGUUGCAGUGAACGGCGAGAACCCGCAGCCGCUACAAAAAGUGGUGCUGGAGCGAUCUGCGAGCUGUUGUGAGCCAUCAAUGUUGGUCUCUGUGGAUGCGGACACGAGCGAGGUCCUGCGAGCGGUUGCGGCGAAGAGCGAGAUUGCGGCACUUCCCGCAGGUCAGGACCAACCUGAGAACCGCGAACAAGAAGAGCAAUUCUGGGGCCUGUACACGGACUCCAGCAACUGGGCGGCCAAAUCCCAACAUACAACGCUGUGGGUCUUCUUCGCCGUCGUGAUUGUGCUCGCGGUCUUCCUCGGGAUCAAGGAGCGUCCGGACUGCGGAAAGGAUGAAGCCGAAAUGGAAGCGGUUACCGAUAUCGAGGCAGAUGGUAUUUCUAUUUUUUUUUGGCACUGCGGAGAACAUAUACAUAAUAUUGUAGUUCAUCCCGCCUCUGCUUCUGGCAGGUCUCUCUAGUUGUACAUAGUCACAGGAGGAGUUUCAGGUUGAAUUUGGGAAACUUUCAACCAGAGCACAAUAAUUCAGUAGCUGCUUUGUCUCUGACACGUAAGUAAUCCCAGUUUGUUUAUGCCCGACUUGCUGAAAUACAAAUUUUUAUUUUACGUUCUUAUCCGAAUAAGUAACUUCCUUACUAGGUGCGGCAAAGAAGACCGACGGUUUUCGCAAGUUCCAGCUGCUGUACCUGGCCGGUUGGUAUUUUUGCUUUUUCGCGGAUUGGCUGAACGGCACGGUGAUCUUUGAGAUCAUCGUUGACGACUAUGGCUGGAGCGAUCCCACCGGCAGACGCCAGUACUUCAACGAGUUCAUGGUCUUCGGGUUUGCCACUGCUGUCAUUCUUGGCGUUUUCAUCGGAUCCGUGGCAGAUACCGUCGGAAGAAGGACCGCCUGCCUCUUCUACUGCAUCAUGUACUUGGCAUAAAAAUUUUUCACACUUGUUUUUACUUUCAUUUCGCAACGUUCCUUCUUGAUGCGGAUGCCUGCUGUAUACCUCUGCUGAUAUUAAAUACAAAGGCUGCAGGAAACGCUGCUUAUGGUCUUGGUGACGAUUCAAAUUCAUGACCUUCGACACCAAAAACUAAAACAGGAACGGCCUGAUGGCAGUCUCGUUCUUCUUCAACAACUACUGGAUCCUGGCGUUGGGACAGUUUACCAACGGGAUUGCGACCCGUCUCCUCUUCACAACAUUCGAGGCCUGGUACGUGCAGGAGCACUUCAAGCGCGGCUAUUCCGGACAAAGACUUGGUACGUUAUUUAUGCUCCAGCAUGAUCUUUUGUGAUGCAUAAGAUGAGCAACAGGAAGAGCAGGACGAGGACCACGACUCGCACUCGUGAAUCGCCUCGACGAGAAAUCAGGUAACCGAGAGCGCAACAUGUCGCUCUCUUUAUGGUUGUCUUCGCACCAUUUAUUUAUUUUGCUUCACACAACAGGUUCUUCGCUGGGCUGGAUGUAUUUCGGAGGGUCAGUGUCCGCGAUCCUUGCGGGCUUGGUCUCGCAGGGAAUCACGAUGUUCGCCGGAACGAAGAUCUACACCGUAGGGCCGGCGAUGCCGGAGGAGAACAAGAUGUCCCAUUUCAGCGUGAAUUGGGGUGGGCGGCUGUAUGUGUACGCAUUGAUGUUCGCCUGUAUGGUGAUCGGGUUCUUGAUCAUCUCCCUCACCUGGACCACGGCGAAAGACAAGCCCGCACACGGAGGCACCGCGGAUGCCGUCGAAGACAAGGACAAAGAAGACAGUUUGGCACAGGCCCCGCGCACCUCCGUGUUCAGCAUGAAGAGCACGCACACCGACACAAGAAAGAGCAAUGACAAGGAUGCCCUGGGCACGCUGGGGUCGAUCAAAAAGUCUUUUGGACUCCUCACACAGGAUCGGAGAAUUUUGCUGCUCGGCCUCUCCGUUGCGCUAUUCGAGGGCAGCAUGUACCUCUUCGUCUGCAGUUGGACCGCGUCCUUCUUCACGAUCGACAGUUACCUCAACCUUCCGGCAAGUCGGCACAACAUCCAGCAGCCCAUCCUGUUUGCGACGCUGUUGAGCGGUAAUAUGAUAAUCGCUUUUUCCGUAUGACGAGUUUUAGAGUAUGCGAACUCGUAAUUAUCUGAAAGAAAACAUGCUAAUUAUAUAUGGAUGAUCAUGACUCCCACGAGCAAUCCUUCAUGCGUCUAAUUUUCAUGUUUUGACUUUCACCCUCCAUUCAUAUAAUCCCUUUUCAGGUUACUUGAUCGGUUCGUGUUUGUGCAAUGUUUUCCUGAGUCGCGGCACUAGCGGGAAGACCCUCGCCUGCUGGGUGAUGCUGUUGGGUUCUUUCGGGCUCAGUUUGCCGGCGACCGUCCUGUAUGUGGCCCCGAUUUAUUUUCCGCAAGCGGACACCCAACUGUACUUGCCCGACACGCCGAUGGACCAGAGCGGAACGGUUUUGGUUCUGCAGAUCGUGAUGUACACGGGCUUCGUGCUGUUCGAGAUGGCCGUGGGGAUGUACUUCCCCACCAUGGGCGGGGUGAAGGCCAGCAUGGUGCCGGAGGACAUUCGGGCCACGCUGUACAACAUCUUCUACAUCCCGAGCAACCUGAUGAUUUGUCUCGUCCUGAUGUGGCACUUCUUCUCGGGCCAUUCCCUCCAGACCCACGUCCAGCUGUUCAUCGCGGUGGGCGCCAUCGGGCUGGGGUUCAUCCUCAUGUCCAUCUUCCGCCUCAUGGGCGACAAAAACCAGCCAGCGGAAGACACACACACCGAGGACGAUGAGGAAGCCGAAGAAGUCUACGAUACGGACAACGAAGCGGCCCAGGAGCUCCUUUCCAGCAAAGUGCAGAAAACUUCGUCCUCUGCGGCGCAAAAGAAACGCGCCGCUGCCGCGGGAGGUUGCUAAGCCGCGACGAUCUGAGAGACGCAGUCGAAAAUGCGACUGGCCAGAAACUGGUGGAUUUUGGCUGUGGCAAAGCCGCUGAACUUCUGCAAAUACAUAAGGCUGAAGAUGAUGAAGUGCAAAUUGAUAUAGGAUGAAGAACUUUUCUUUCGAUCUGUCGAUCAUGCUUGUACUAGAGUGGUUGGAGAGACGCAGACGAGAUGCGACGAAGUUUAGGUGAAAAUAUAAUGAACCUUGCAUAAGCGAAUGCGAAAGUAAAUUUAGUUUGCCUUUUUUACCAUUCUGGCCCGCACAAUUUAUCCCGAGAAUACCAGAAUGCUAUGAAACUGAAAAUUAUGAUACGCCAUAAACAACGGAUUGGAACUGAACAAUACGCACACGUAGUACAGAGAGCAACGGCAAGGAACGGUUUCGCAUUUCUUACGCGUGAUGAGACGAUAGAGUAGAAGAAGAAGCCUGGUGGCUCAGACCGAGGAUGGAGUAUAGCGAUAUGGAGAAGGUGGAACCCAUGAAGAUGCGGCAAUAACGUGUGCCGUCAUUGACAUUGUCUACAGUAUAUCAAUUCGCUUCUGCAUAUAAAAAUGAAUUCGGCGAGACCGCUUGUACGG